AUGAAAGAGAAGCCUGCUUACAACUCAAAAGAGAGGCUGAACACCAAGGGUAGCCCUGCAUCCAUGGUCAUCCUGACAGCUAAUGGAAUGCUGCGUUGUGGUAAUACAGAAAAAGACAUUAAAGAACUUAUUGAGCAACAAAGAUAUUUCAAAGCUGACCAGCAUCUCAUCAAGUUAGAAUAUGAGCGAUCCACUAAUGAUGUGACAAAUGACGAAAGCACCAAAAAGGAAGAGAAAGACAUUAAUUCAUUGUACGAGUUGCUUAGUGCUGAAAUUUUCAAUGUGGUAAAAGAAUCAUUUAACAUUUCCAAAGAACACCCAAAUCUCUUGAAAAUGGCAGUCCAAGUGAAAAUCCAAGAAGAAAAAGCAGACCAAAUAUACCUGGAAGAAAAGGAAAAAUCUGGAAGUGUUCCAGAGUUUAGGCCGAGGCAAUGGGACACUAAAUGGUUGAGCGUUUUACAGCACUCCGUGAACGAAAGGAUAAGUGAACCACUUGGUGGUUCUGAAGACAAUAAGACUGACUGGCUCACACAGUAUUUAGUGCAACUUCGUAGCCAACUCAAAGCAGAUUUUGACACCAUUGUGAACUGCAUUAAUCCAUGUUACCCUGAGGAAUCCAAUAUAUGUCUGAACAUAAUGAUUGCUGUUAUACCAUCUGAAGAUACACGUCAGCAACUGUUGAACACAUUGCUCCCAGAAAAGACAAUCAACCAUUUGGAAAAUGAGUACUUUUCUGUUUUACGGUCAGAUGCUAGAAUGUGUAUGAUUAAAAGCCUGCAUAUUGAAGAAGAGAACUGGAGAAGUGGAAAAGAGCCUUUGGUACUAAAUGAUUGUUACCACAGCGAAUUACCGAUUGAUAUAAUUCAGCCUCACUGUAAAAAGCUGGUGACAGAAAAAUGGCUUGAGUGUACAGAACCAAUAGAUGAAAUACUUGAAAUAACAGAGAAGCAUCUUACAAAAUUAAAGAAAUUGAAAGCACCACAUUAUCAGGAUCUAUUGAUGGAAAUCUAUCAGCAGCUGAUGACAGAAUAUAUCCUUCGAAUUAUGAAGAAAAGGUUGAGCUGUAAAACAGAAAAUCAGGAGAAACAAGUGGCAGACCAGAUACAGAAUGAAACUCAACAUUUACAGAAAUUAUUCAAUUUCUAUGGAUCUGAAGACACAGUUCUCGAAUCAGCCCUCCUUAAAAUAGCUGAAAUCAUCAGACUAAAAGAUGUUGAUGCAAUUAUCGUGGAAGUUGCUGCACUUUUUCGAGAUUUUCCAGAUAUUGGAAAGGAGCAUGUUAGAGCCAUCUUGUCCAUGAAAGUCAGCGUGAAAAGAUCAGAUGAAAAGAAGAUUCUGAAAAUUCUCAACACACCAAUGAAUGACUCCAAUUCUUCCAUAAAGAGGAAACUCUUUUCCAAUCCUACCUUAUUUAAGGCUCUCUAG